AUGGUCAAGCCAGCCUCUCUCCUCCUAAGCCUCCUCGGCACGGCCGCGGCCCUCCCCGCCGCCGAGCCCGAGCCCCAUCCUCAGCCGGACCGCGUGCUCGAGGACCGCGCCGCCAAAGUCACCGUCGGCCUCCCCUACGCCACCGUCGUCGGCUCCGGCGGCACCGUAGAAACCUUCAACGGCAUCCCCUACGCCAAGCCCCCACCGGCCAGCUCCGCCUCAAGCCCCCGCAGCGGCUCACCACCAGCAUCGGCACCUUUGACGCCACCGGCCUCGCCCCCUCCGGCCCGCCGGCACGACCAAGGACUCAAGCUGCCCGUGCUGUUCUGGAUCUUUGGCGGCGGCUUCGAGCUCGGCUCCACCGCCAUGUACGACGGCAGCACCCUCGUCAAGGCCGGCGUGGGCAUGGGCCAGCCCUUUAUCUUCGUCGCCGUCAACUACCGCGUCGGCGCCUUUGGCUUCAUGCCCGGCAAGGAGAUCCUCGCCGACGGCUCCUCCAACCUCGGUCUGCUGGACCAGCGCAUGGGACUCGAGUGGGUGGCGGACAACAUCGCCACGUUUGGCGGCGAUCCAUCCAAGGUCACCAUCUGGGGCGAGUCGGCGGGCGCCAUCUCCGUGCUGGACCAGAUGGCGCUGUACGGCGGCAACAACACGUACAACGGGCAGAAGCUCUUCCGCGGCGCCAUCAUGAACUCGGGCGGCAUCGUGCCCGCCGACACCGUCGACUGCCCCAAGGGCCAGGCCGUGUACGACCAGGUCGUCUCCGCCGCCGGCUGCAAGGGCAAGGCCGACACGCUCGCCUGCCUCCGUGGCCUCGACUACACAAAGUUCCUCCAGGCCGGUAACUCGGUGCCCGGCAUCCUCUCGUACCACUCCGUCGCGCUCGCCUACCUACCGCGCCCGGACGGUGUCGUGCUGCCCAUGAGCCCCGACAUCCUCGUGGCGUCCAACCAGUACGCCAAGGUGCCCAUGAUCAUCGGCGACCAGGAGGACGAGGGUACCCUUUUCGCGCUCUUCCAGCCCAACCUCACUAGCACCGCCAAGGUUGUUAGCUACCUCUCCGACCUCUUCUUCCCGCUCGCCAGCAAGGCGCAGCUCGAGGGCCUCGUCAACACCUACCCGACCUCCAUCACCGCCGGCAGCCCCUUCAACACGGGUAUCUUCAACGAGCUGUACCCCGGUUUCAAGCGCCUCGCGGCCAUCCUCGGCGAUCUCGUCUUCACCCUCACCCGCCGCGUCUUCCUCGAGGUCCACACCACCAUCAACCCCAAGGUGCCCGUCUGGUCGUACCUCGCGAGCUACAACUUCGGCACUCCUAUCCUCGGAACCUUCCACGGCUCGGAUCUGCUCCAGGUCUUCUACGGCAUCCUGCCCAACUACGCGAGCCGUAGCAUUCACACCUACUACAUCAACUUCGUGACCAACCUCGACCCCAACGUCGGUGUUACCACCUACGCCAAGUGGCCCCAGUGGUCCGAGGGCAAGAAGCUCAUGCAGUUCUGGAACAACAGGGCCAACUUGCUGGCUGACAACUUUAGGAGCUCGAGCUACGAGUACAUCAUGAAGAAUGUCGGUGUCCUGUACAUUUAA